UGGCCUGAACUAGUGGAAUUGGCAGCAAAAAACUAACAUACAAGUGUGUCUGGUCAAUAGAGCGCUUGUUCCUGCCUCUGGGUGCUAUGUGAGGACUCCGACUGUGCUCUCAGCGGAGGACUUGGAUGCUGGAGACACGCAAAGGAUUUUUCUUUUCUCACCCCUUUCUCUCUCGGACUGCCACUGUUGAGUCUGUGGGAGUAUGAAUCAGCAGCAGCAGAGAAUGGCUGCAGUUGGGACAGACAAAGAGCUCAGUGACCUGCUGGACUUCAGUAUGAUGUUUCCCCUGCCAGUGGCUAAUGGAAAAAACAGACCCACGACCCUAGCGAGCACUCAGUUUGGAGGAUCAGGUUUGGAUGAAAGACCGGGAUCAGGUUCCUGGGGAACAGGAGAUCAAAACAGCUCCACAUUUGACCAAGGAAGGCAGAGCUAUGGCGAAGGCCCCCACUACGGCGAGCACAGGGACCUGCCGUCUCACAACAGCAUAUCUUCAUCACCAUUCCUGGGAGCUGGACUAGUGGGGAAGAGCAGUGAAAGAGCCUCGUACUCCACGUUCGGAAGAGACACAGGGAUGCCAGGACUAAACCAGACUGGUUUCCUGCCCAGCGAAAUGGGAAUUGCGAGUCCGAGCACGCUUUCCCCCACUGGGGUGAAAGGGGGGUCUCAGUAUUUUUCUUACCCCAACAAUCCUCGCAGGAGAGGUGCUGAGAGCAACAUAGAUGGACAGCCCAAAAAGGUUCGGAAGGUGCCUCCUGGACUCCCCUCCUCGGUGUAUCCAUCCAACUCAGGUGAUGACUACAGCAGGGAUCCAGCUGGAUAUACUCCCUCAAAACCUCCCAGCACUGUGUAUCCCGGAGCCUUUUAUAUGGCAGACGGGCUCCAUAACUCACCAGACCUGUGGAGUUCACCGGGUGCCAUGAGCCAGUCGAGUUACGGUGCCAUGCUGGGCAGCUCCUCCUCCCCACUCCCGCAGUCCAGUGGCUUCAACAGUUUACAUCAGCACGAACGCAUGAACUACCAGCUUCAUUCAGGAGAGGUUAAUGGCGGACUCCCCUCUGUGUCUGGCUUUUCCUCUGCCUCCACGCCGUACGGUGUCUCCAGUCACACCCCCCCGAUCAGCGGGACAGACAGCAUGAUGGGUAACAGAGGAACCACAGCUGGGAGCUCAGGAGACGCGCUCGGGAAGGCACUAGCUUCAAUUUAUUCCCCCGAUCACUCUAGCAAUAACUUCUCAUCGAACCCCUCUACACCGGUCGGCUCCCCUCAGGGGCUUGCAGGCACAUCCCAGUGGUCUCGAGCGAGCGGACAGGGUGCCUUAUCUCCCAGCUACGAAGGGAGCCUCCACACUUUACAAAACAAAAUGGAAGACAGGUUGGAUGAAGCCAUCCACGUGCUGAGGAAUCACGCCGUGGGCCAGACAGCUGCCAUGCCGAGCAACCACGGGGACAUGCAUGGGCUCCUGGGCUCGGCGCCGGCCCACAGUGCCACCGUGGGCAGCCUGGGCCAGGCCUUCCCUGCCUCGGUCAUGUCCCUGGGAAACAGGCACCCAAGUCUGGUGGGAGGAGGUCACCCCGAAGAUGGGUUGUCCAGCAACCCCAGCAUGCUCCACAACCAUGUCACACUUCCGUCACAGCCCAGCUCACUCCCUGACCUCAACAGGCAGCAAGACACAUACAGCGGCUUGUCAGGGGGGCUGGGGCGAAGCAGCGUCUCCUCGGGAACCAGCGAGAUAAAGAGGGAAGAGAAGGAGGAUGAAGAGAACACGUCGGUGGCAGAUAACUCAGAAGAGGAGAAGAAAGAGCUGAAACCCUCCCGGAACAGAACAAGCAGUACAGACGAGGCCUUGUCACUGGAGGACAAAGAUCUGAGGGACCGGGAGAGGAGAAUGGCCAAUAACGCCAGGGAAAGGGUGCGUGUACGGGACAUUAACGAGGCCUUUAAAGAACUGGGACGCAUGUGUCAGAUGCACUUAAAAACGGACAAAGCACAGACCAAACUGAUCAUCCUACAGCAAGCGGUGCAGGUCAUUCUGGGCCUGGAGCAGCAAGUACGAGAGCGCAAUCUGAACCCUAAAGCAGCCUGCUUGAAGCGUCGGGAAGAGGAGAAAGUGUCCGGAGUAGUAGGAGAUCCCCAGAUGACACUUUCAGCUUCACAUCCUGGUCUAGGAGAUGGUCACAACCCUGUUGGACACAUGUAAAGAUCUUUUUGUUCCUCUGGAUACAGAGAUCUGUAGGAAGAAAACCGUUGGUGUGACCUGCAACCUUCUCGAACCAUAAACUUUAGUACUGCUAAUACUGACACACGUGGACGGAUCCUAGCAUGACGUAAGGGGUGGAAAAAACACUUUGUCAAAAACAAAGCGAAAACAAAAAAAUUGCCUUAAGUAUAAAGUGCAGAACAGUCAAUACAUAUCACUCAGUUAGGAGGGGGUGGCGUGUUCUCUUGGCUUGUUCACAAGCAGCCAGCAGCAAAAUUGUGCCUAAGCUUGAUAUUUCUUUUUUAAAAAAAAAGAACAUUAGUUAUGAGAUUUUUUAUGUAGAACAAAUAGCAAUGCCUUUUGGUUUUUUUAGCUUCUUUUGCAUAUGUUUUGUAAGCAACGAAAAGAAUUUUUUUUUGUAUAAAAAAAAAUGUCUUGUACCCCACGCUUUUCUGCUGCUGUUUCUAUAGUUAACGUUGCAUCUUUAGGAUCAACCAGAAUAUUAAAAUUGUAUUAAGAGAGACUGGAUAUAAAGAGAGGAAUUCUCAGAUUCGGCUCUGAAAGCCACUAAAAGCGAAUGUAGCCACAGCGAGGGGAUGUUCUUCCUUGCCUGGCUUGUACCUUCCAUUAUAAAAAAACAAACUCACUCAUGUGCUGAAUUCACCAUCUCUUUGCUUUGGCCACUUCUGAUUUGGGAAAAGGAAGUUAAACAGCAAAGCAAGUUGCAGCAGUAUCCCUCAGCGGUGCUCCCGCUCCUCCCGGGAGCUGACCAAGGUCCAUCGAGGGUCUCUGCAAGAUUUGCUUUUACUCCUGGAGGAUCCCGGAGGCCGCAGUCCCGUCUGGGAGAGGAGGUGCCCCACGGCUGUCCCGGAGCGUCGUGAUGGGGAGGACAAGCUGCCGGGAGAGAGCAGGUUUUGGGGGGUGGAAGAGAACCAAGGGACUAGGCCACUUUCAAGGUAAGCAAAGAAGCAACACGGAUGCAAGAGGAAACCCCAGGGUGGACGAACGCACCUCUUGCCCAUACGUCCGAGCAAACGCCUGCUGUCAGAGGCGCUUCCAGGGGCAGUGCUGAACAAAGGCGAACUGAACAAAGCUGGAGGACUGGAAAGAGGUGGACAGAGCAAAGGCAGCACCGGGACUCCGUGCCCAGUGACCUUGCAGCAGAUGGACCCGCAGACGCUGGUGGCAGGCAGUGGAGCCCAAGGUGGCAGGGAGUGAGGCAGUAACCCGGCACGUGCGCUCACUCCAGCCCUCAGCAAGCUGCGACCGGCAGCAAGAUCCCCAUCUCCACGCAGCUUCUCCCCGCACUGGAGCCACCAGCAUUGGAAGUGCAAAACGCUGCAGGCUUUGGGGAGAGGGGUGGUUUCACACCCUGCCUUCACCCACUGUCAUAUCUCCAAAGCAUCCUUGGAGGCAAACUCGGCUCAGCAUGCUGCCCAGCUUGCCAUGGGGAUGCAAAGUAGCUUCUGUCACUUGCAUGUGGGCUCCUCUCUCUGUGCUGGAAAGAAAGGGAGCAGCAAGCACCCAUUCUGCGUGAGAUGCUUCAGCAGCCAAGCUGGGCCAACGAUUCCUUCGCUCCGAGGGCUCCCCAGUGUCACUCCAGACCGCUCCGGUGUGCUCAGGAGGAGGAAGACCCGCAGCAGCCCCACCGUGUGGCAGGGUGCCCCGGAGGUGCGGGAGCAAAUGAAGAGCUGCUCGGCAGUGCUGAGCUGCAGCAGCUGUGCUGGAGCUGGCAAUGGAAAAGCGUCCACUGGGAAUUUAUUCUUGUUUCUUCCCUCUCCUUCCCCUUCUGAAACAUUUUGUGCCCGGUUCUUCCCAGCUCUGCAGGCAGACGGGGUCAAUUCUCCAGCACGAUGUUAAAUCCCAUCUCAGCAGUGUCUGUAAUGCUCUCGGACUGGGGCCAGCUGCUGCCCAGAUCUGCCUGGCAGAGCCCAGUCAGGCAGGUUAGUUCACAGGGCAUGGGUGCUGGCCUGGAGGGGACAUGGGGUCAGCGAGUACAGUAGGACCCCUGGCAGCAGGGUCCACGUCUCCCCUCUGCUUCUCUGGCCUGUGCUUCUGGGGAAGAUUUAUUGCUUUGGCACAGGGAAAGGCAAGGACUGGCGAACAGGAUUAGGACCUGUGGUACUUCCUAGCAAACCCAGGCUUUGGCAUAACCUCCUGGUGCUCCUCUGUGCUCAUAGCUAUGCUUUGUGCUCCAGCAAAGCCUGCUGGAAAUGCUCAGGACAUUGCUUCUCUCUCACCUACACCCACGUAUGAUGGGCUCAGCCCCUGUAGCAUCUCAGAGAGGAGCCACUUAAAAGUGCCGGAGCAGUAUGGGACCAUCUUCCCCUGCUGUCCCUGGCACUGGUACUGCCCUGGGACUCUGCAAGGUCUAACCAUAGCUCUGAGGCUUUUGGGUGCUCCUGGCUUUCCCUGUCCACAGCCCGCUGCUUCCACCAUUGCUUCUGUAUGGUGAGACCUGAGACCACAGCAGCCUCCAGUGCUGUCCCUGGGAAGGCCAGGAAAGGCCAGCGGCUGUGGUCCCUGCAGCCCAGGAAUACACAUUCUUCUGGCUGUGUCAACAGACGUGUUUCAGCCUAAUUAGCUCGUCAGGUUAUGACAGUCUUCCCUCCCUUGGGUUCUUCUGCCUGCUUAAGCACUGGGCAGCGUGAGACAGAUGAGGUUUUCCUCCAUGUGUGACAGCCUUGCCCCUGUGGAGCAGCUCCCUUGCAGCAAAAGCCGUGUCUUCCUGUAGCAUCCUGCCGAGUUGGGUUGUGCUUCAGAUGCUGGAGCGAGUUCAGUUUGGAGAUGGUAAAACAUGCAGGGAGGGGGCAGUGCGCCUCCGUAACCCCCCAGCCGGGUCCAAAUGCUCAGACAACCCCGAUUCGUGCUCUGGGGUAGGAAUUGGGGACUCAUUGACUGCUUUCUGUAGCCUGUAAGAGGCUGCUUCAUCCCGCAAGUGUUUCUGCCUCAUCAGCAGGACGGUGCUGGGGCUGGCAGGGCACUCGCUGCUCGGGGUUUUUUGCUGGCUCAGUGCCACUGCCCCAGGACCGGGGAGGGAUAGAGCAAUGUCCCAGCCCUGGCAAGCUUGAAACCGUACAAAAAAAAAUUUAAAAGUGCUUCCCCAACACUUUGAUUUUGCAACAAGAAUUCGAGGUGGCAGUCAUGUACAACUGGAUUUAAAGAAAAGAGACUGUAGUCAAGAAAAAUCCAGAAACUCAACAAAAUUGGAAAUUUGAGAAGAUUUGUGAUUUGUUCAAAAUUUUGCUGAACUCCUUCAUCCCCUCCAAGUCCUGAGUGAUGCUCUGCAGGCCAGUGGGGACUCCUGAUGAGACAGAGCCUUUCCCAUCAUCCCCAAACUACCAGGCAUUGCAACAGAGGUGGAGCUUUUCACCUGCAUUGAGGCGGUUGAGAUGCUGUUUUCUUGACAGCAAAACCAGCUAACUUCCUUGGCAAGGCUUGGAUGAAGGUCGUUGAGCAUAGACCCCUGGUGCCAGGGUUUGGAGGAGAUCUUGGUUCCUCCAGCAGGAAAGCGCAGUGUCAGGGACUGGUAGUGCUGUGCCUGGGAGCUGCCUGGAUGGCACAGGGUGCUUUGUGUGCUGUCGCGCUUGCUGCCUGCAUCAGCCCAGUGCAGCCUCAGUGGCAUCUCUGCUUUCCAGGUGCAUAGGGAGCAAUUGUGGAGUGCAGCAAGGAAAAACUACUUUGGCUUGCCAGUGUGUUUGGCUCAGUGUAAACGUGGUGCCUGUAACCUGCCAGGGAAAGUGGCUUUUCUAAAAAUGAGCACUGUCAAGUGCUGUGCCCAAAAUACCACCAGGCUAGCCCUGAAAUAGCGGCCUGUUGCAAUGAAGUCUCGUCUUUAGGCGUCACGGUCAAAGAGGGCCAGGGUCUGCACCCUCCCCAGCCCACAGCUCUGCUGGCAUUCAACUGUGCGAUCUUACAGAUCACUUUUCUCCCCAAACUUGCUUCUCUGCCUGUCUGCACGUCCCUCAUGCCAGUGGUCCUGCAAAGAGAGGUGUUGCGGAUGGGUGACAUGCUGCAGGGUGGCAUUCAGUUUUCUGCUUCCUCUCUCAGCCUUGCAUGCAUGGGUUCUCCUGGGCUGCAUGCACCUCAUCGUUGGGGGCCACACAGCCCCCACAGAGCUUCCUUUGUCAGAUAGGGAAUCGGGAGAGGCUGCCUUCCCCCGUGUGCAUUUUCUAGUUUCUCUUUUCUCAGGCUGCAGUAGCUGAGCUGUAUUGCGGUCAAACAGGAGAACUGGGGUCUCAGGCAUACAGCUGCAAUGCGACACUUCUUAUGUGGCACAGCCGGCCACUGGGGUGCAGUCCGUGGGUCCCUAGCCCAAGGGAUCUCCUCUUUCCUCCCCCUCAAGCAGCCCCCUGCCUACCUGCACAUCCUGCCUGAGAGCUGUGCAUGCCACCAGGUGCUGGGGAGUGUCUGGAAUCCAGUUUAUUAACAGUAAAAAUUGCAGAUUUUUGUUCUUUCUCCCUCUUCACCUGCUUUCGCCCCAGAGCAAAACAGCUGCAGUCUCCCAGAGACUGCACCUUUAUGGUCUCGUACUGACGGCACUCGGCAUCAACGGGAGGCAGUGGCAGUCUGCCUGCUCCUGCUCGCAACCCCGCAGCCGCUGCCAGCACACCCUGGGGAGCAAAAUUCCAGCUAACCCCUGGUUUGGCAGUCACUCCCCUGCCUGUGACCUGCCAGUCAGACCUACUCACAGCCAAGCAACUGCCUGGCUUGAGUUCAGCUCCAUCUCUUUGCCAACAUUUCCUCGGGCUCUCUGCUCCCCUGCUUUUAAAGCUUGCACUGGUAUCCUACAGAGGUUUGUUGGCAGGAGGGACAGGACCCGGGACAUCUGAAUCCCAGUCUGUGCCCCUCUUGUCUGCACUGAGCUCCAGCCGGGGAGCAAGGGGAUCAGCAGUGCCUGGGCAGAUGGUUUGCAGGUAUCGGGGCAGUCGAGUUAGCUGGGCACCCCAAGAUCCCGCAUCUGGCUGUUGGGAGCAGGUCCAUGCCAGCCCCAUGUGGUGGGGUCAGCUUGCUGCCCCUUCCCUGUGUGCCAUCACUUCAGGGCUAAGGGUCUGGCUGCUUUGCAAUUGGGGUUUUUGCCCUCUCCAGCAGAGAAAUGCAGAAGUGUGAUGUGAAACCUCCCCAGCUGUGACUUCAGUGAAUGGCUUUUUCCCCUAGCCCAUGUGUCAGUGAUGAGCCGGUUUCCUAGAGGUAUUGCACUUGCUGCCCAGUAGCGAUUGAACAGGAAGGACAGAAUCAGACUGGGAUUUCCCCAGGAGUCUGCAAUUUCAGGUUCAGUGCAGAAACCACUCUCAAAGGUCCUUUGCGUCUCAUGUGUGUAUCUGCUAAAGCCAGCAGAGCCUUUGGGCCCUGGGCCCUUGCUGGACGAUUCAGCGCAUCCUCCCCCUCGGCAGGCGAGGGUGGCCUUGAGAAACAGGAGGCUUUUGAAACCCCCCAAUCCCCUGCAUCCCUGAGCUUUGCUCCCAUGAGGAGGCUGCCAUCUUCAGUGCCAGUGGAGUCCAUGGUCCUCUUGCAGGCGCGGCUGUGUGCUGUGCUUGUGACUCUGGGCUAGCUCCACUUUCAGCAAGCCCCUGGCCUGGGGUUUUAGAAAGGAGCUGAGAAUGGGGAGGUGAAGCAAAGCUAGUACUGGAGUUGGGCCAGGACAAGCCAUCAGCCCCAGAGGUGCAGUGCUGGCUAGCCUGGAGCAAGCCGUGGCCACUAGAUUCCCCUGUUCCUGCUUGACACCAGCAAUAGCAAGACCUGUUUUCUAUACCACAAGCUUGCACAAGGUCUUUGCCCUGUUAAAUCCUAUGCAACCCCCUCUCCUCUCCCCCAGGGCUCUCCAGGUCCCAUCCCAGCCCAUUCUUUCUGCUCUGGUCCAUUACUGCCAGAGUUCCCGCUCCCUCCUGCUCUCAAGGUCUGGCUUCAUUUCUAGCAGCUCCAAAAGCAUUUCAAGACCUGUGCCCUGAAGCUGGGGGGGUGGGAGGUGUAAAUGAGGGGUGAGACUGCAGGAACACCCCUUCCAACUCACGCUGCAGGAGCCGAGCACUGAAUUGGAGGGGGCAAGGCCUGGUCCCAGGGCUCCUCUGUGCACCCUUCACCCUCCUGUGCCUUCUGCUCAAUGCUUGGUGGCUCACUACCAGCAUCCUUCAUCUUGCACCAUAUCCCCCAGUACCGCUGAAUGCAGAAGCUGCGUCCCGCCUUGCUGCUGCCUGGCUCUACGGACUGCUGUAUUAAUGCCUGGCUUGGCUUGGCUGAUCUUCAACUGCCUCAAGCCUGAAGUUGUGUUUUCCUCCCUCCUGCGCUCCCCAAUCUCUCCAGCCAGCACCUCCAAGCUAUUUCCCUUCAUGCACGGCCUCCGUGGAUUUCUUUGCAGUGGGGCAGAGCCAUGCCACUAGCUGCCCAUCCGCUGGGGCGGAGGCGGGAGGAUCUGGGAGGUGGAUGCUGCAGGUCAGUCCUGCAGCAUGGCUGCCUCUCCCUGCCUUGCUGCCCUUGAGGCAGGUGUGGGGGACCUGGUGCUCUGUGCAGAGCGUUUGAUCUUCAGGGCAAUUCACCCCUUCUGGAGAGCUGGCAGCUGCAGUGCCUUUGCCUGUGGGACUCCUGCACGAGACGAGCAUGGAGGUGCUCUUUGGUUAGGAGGGCGGUGCAAGCUGCAGGUGUCAUUUCUGCCAAAACUUCUGUGUUCAUCUUGCAUCCUGCCCUCGGGGGCAAGAGGCAGCCCUACCAUGGGUCUCCAUGGCGGUAUUUCUGUUCCUCUGCUUUUGUAUGCCUCUUGCUCCUCGGGUCUUGCAAUACCCACCCUGGUCCAGCCAAGCACCCACCGCAUUGGAAGGAGAGGGAAUAAAACUCACACCGUGUUACGUCUUGGCACAGUGCAGCUGUGGGGUUCAGUACAGGAGAGCAUAAGGGGGUUUUGCUUCAAAAUGGGGUGUCCCGGGUACCAAGGCCUUUUGCCGAAGAGCAUCCCUGUGCCCUGCAUCCCUGGGCUGUGCCUGGGGAGCCGUGGAGCUCCCCGCAGCAGCUCCUGCAGCAGCGAGCUGGGGACACCGCGGUUCCCCCUUGCCGGUGCCACGUCUUCCCAAAUCACUUGAAACCCACCAGCUUUUGAGCAAACCUUGUAACAUGGGGCCUCUCGGGGAGGGAAGGAGCUGUAGGAAGCUGUGCGCCCUCCUGCCAGUGGUGGUUAAUUUGCUGGGAGAUGAGAAAGACGCGCCUGGUGAAGUGGAGCAGGGGUGACCCCAACCACACGCUU